AUGAAGAUGAAGUUAAGUCAAAGCGAGCGACCGAAUCAGCAACAACUCUUUCUAUGCUUUCUAUUCCGGAAAAACCACCACAUUUGUCCCUUUCCCCUGGAGGAAGAACUUCGUUUCAAAGCAUCUAGUAAAAAACAAAAAUCUGUGAAACUUAAUCAAGAUGAAGCUGGAAAACCUUCAAAGAAUCAUUGUUUUGAUGAGAACACAAAUGUGCUUGCAACUCCAAAGAUUUCAACCGUCACAAAUGCGUAUGAAGUUAUCGGUCAUAUUGUUCAAAAACUUUUCAUCAGAUAA